CUCCCUCUCUCAAUGGAUUCAAGUUCCUCUACCCUUAUGUUAAGCCCUCCUCCAUUAGAGCUUAAGGAACAAAGGGAACAACACAAUGCUGGGUAUGUGAGUUUUGAUUCAUCUUUGUUAAGAAAACAACCAAAAAUACCAAGAGAGUUCCAUUGGCCUCAUAGAGACUUAGGGGGUUAUGCUCAAGAAGAGCUAAAAGAACCCUUAAUAGAUCUCCAAGGCUUCUUCUUAGGUGACCAAGUUGAAACAAAACAAGCAGCUGAGCUGAUUAGGGAUGCUUGUAUGAACCAUGGUUUCUUCCAAGUUAUCAACCAUGGUGUUGAUGCUGAUCUCAUUCGUCAAGCUCAUGUUCACUUGAAUUCUUUCUUCAAUCUACCCAUUAACAAGAAGCUCAAAGCUCGAAGAUUGCCCGGUAGCAUGUGGGGUUACUCCGGCGCCCACGCCGACCGCUUCUCGUCGAAAUUGCCAUGGAAGGAGACACUCUCCUUUGCUUCUCAUCAGCCUCCUAUGGUGGUAAACUACUUCAAAUCCCUCUUGGGGGAAGAUUUUGAACAAACAGGGUUGGUGUAUCAAAGAUAUUGUGAAGCAAUGAAGGAGUUAUCUCUAGUUAUAAUGGAGCUAUUGGGUAUUAGUUUGGGAAUAAUAGAUCGUUUGCAUUAUAAGAGAUUCUUCCAAGAUAGUAGCUCUAUAAUGAGAUGUAAUUACUACCCACCUUGUCAAGAACCAGGUCGAACACUUGGAACUGGUCCUCAUUGUGAUCCAACUUCUCUAACCAUACUUCAUCAAGAUGAAGUUGGAGGUCUUGAAGUAUAUGCUCAUAACAAAUGGAAAUCUGUUCGACCAAGAAAUGAUGCUUUUGUUAUUAACAUUGGUGAUACCUUUAUGGCAUUAUCAAAUGGGAGGUAUAAGAGUUGCUUACAUAGGGCAGUGGUGAAUAGAUACACAGAGAGAAGAUCACUGGCUUUCUUUCUAUGUCCAAAAGAAGACAAAGUGGUGAGACCUCCAGAGGAUCUUAUGGGUAAAGAAGGGCCCCCAAGAAAGUACCCUGAUUUCACAUGGUCAAAUCUGCUAGAAUUUACUCAAAAUCACUAUAGAGCUGAUGUUGCAACACUCCAAAGUUUCACCCACUGGUUCUUAUCUUCCAAACAACCCUAAAACUAGCUCUGAGGGCCUUCUUUGGAUCCUUCUCAUCUCUUUUUUCUUUUUUUCUCUC